AGAAGCAAGUCAUAGCACAACAAAUAUUACAAAAAAGAAAAGAACGCUGUAGACAGACGUAAAAAAUUAAUUUAAAAAAUAUAUAUAUUUUGUGAAAAAAUAAAAAAAUGAAAUUCCAAUAUAAAGAAGAACAUGUUUUUGAGAAACGCCGUGCUGAAGGUGACAAAAUCCGCAGAAAAUAUCCUGACCGUGUACCAGUUAUUGUAGAAAAAGCCCCAAAAGCACGCAUUGGUGAUUUGGAUAAGAAAAAAUAUUUAGUACCUUCUGAUUUGACCGUAGGACAAUUUUAUUUCUUGAUUCGCAAACGCAUACAAUUGAGACCCGAAGAUGCUCUAUUUUUCUUCGUUAACAAUGUAAUUCCACCAACAUCCGCCACUAUGGGUUCCUUGUACCAGGAACAUCAUGAGGAAGAUUAUUUCCUUUACAUAGCCUAUUCCGAUGAGAAUGUUUAUGGUAAACGCUAAAGCAUUUAGCAUUUCUUUGUGUGUAUGUGAUCGAUUUAUAAAACUGAAAGAAAAAUUUUGAAAUUCGUAACAUGGAUUUUGUGCACGUACGUUAAUGAUAAACAAAGAAAAAACAACAUCUUAUAAGUUUAAUUUAAAUAUUAAAAAAAGAUAUAACAAAAUACUGAAAAAAAAUUUUCAACAAAACUCCAAAAAAAAAAGAAAUAUAAAAAUCUGUGCAAAACAAAAUAUAAAAAUCAUGAUCUUAUAAAAAUUUAAUUACUAAAGAAAUUCGUAUGUAAUCUUAAAUUUUAGUUAUAAUAAUUAGUUCUUUAAUCAAAUUUAUUGUUUAAUUUUUUUUUUAUAAAUUUUUUGUUUAUUAUAAACGAAAUUCAAUAUUUUUCUGUUAUGCACAUUCUAUCGAUAAAAAAACUUAACGAGAAUUUAUUGUGGAUCAAAAAAUUUAACAAAUUUCAUUUAAACCUUAAAUUUUUGAAAAUUUGGUUUUUUAAAUUUUAUUAUAUUUUCUAUUUAAGCUAUAUAUGGCUUAAUAUGGUUUUAAAUGUGCAUAAACUUAUGUAUUAUUAUUUACAAAUUUCUACUAUACAUAUAAAUUUUUAAAUAUAUAUAUAGAAGUAUAAAAAAAACGAUGAAAAAUAUGAAUAAAAUUUUAAAUAAAAUGUUAGGUUUAUCCUAAUAACAAAAAAAAUUAAA